AUGUCAAGGGAAAAUAUGCAACAAGAGCUAGGUGCGUCCCUCAGAGCUCUUGAGAAUCAAGUGGGGCAGAUAGGGAAUUCUUUAAAUUCAAGGCCACAAGGAGCAUUACUAAGCGAUACCGAGAAAUCGAUAACACAAGAGAAGGAACAGUGCAAUGCCAUCACUCUCAGAAGUGGGACACAGUUGGAUGAUGUUGUUCAAGACACCACUACAGAAUGGCACAACUUCAGACUCAACCAUGGAAAGAAUUCAAAAUCAACUGAAAAGCAUAAUGCACCUGAAAAGGGUAAACAGAAAAAUAUUACAGCAGAAUCAGAUCAUGAUGUUCAGUUUAAAAGAUUUUUGGAUGUUUUGAAGCAACUCCAUAUUAACAUACCGCUAGUAGAAGCUUUGGAACAAAUGCCCAAUUAUGUGAAGUUUAUGAAAGAUAUACUAUCAAAGAAGUACAGAUUGGGAGAAUUUGAAACUGUUGCUCUCAUUGAAGGGUGUACAACAAUGCUGAUGAAUAAAUUACCUCUAAGGUUGAAGGACCCAAGGAGUUUCACUAUCCCAUGUUCAACUGGAAAUCAUUAUAUUGGUAAGACAUUAUGUGAUUUAGGAGCGAGUGUAAAUCUAAUGCCUAUGUCUAUUUUCAGAAAGCUGGGAAUUGGGAAAGCAAGACUUAUUACAGUUACGUUGCAACUGGCUGAUCGAUCCUACGCACAUUAA